AUGAUGACAGGCUUCUCGAUCCGGGCCUUUUAUGAACUGGCGAUGAAGGCCAGUAAGGGCAGAAAGAAAUCGCUAGAGGUGAUGGUAAAAACCCUAGGUGAUGAAGGUGAUGACAUACAAGGGAUUGAGACCUUAAAGAUGCAGCUAAAGUACAAAUUUGAAGUCAAAGAUCUCGGGCUUAUGAAAUACUUCUUAGGCAUGGAGGUUGCUAGAAGCCGAGAAGGAUUAUUUAUCUCACAAAGGAAGUACACCAUGGAUUUGCUAAAGGACACCGGGAUGAUGGCUUGUAGACCUACUGGAACUCCAUUAGAUAAAGGAUGGAAAUCAAGAGAAGAAGAUGAUGAUGUCCUUGUGAACAAAGAGAGGUACCAACGGUUGGUAGGGAGGUUGAUUUACUUGUCUCUUACUAGGCCUGACAUAGCCUACGCAGUAAGUAAAAUAAGCCAAUACAUGCAUUCUCCUACACAAAAACAUAUGGAUGUCGUUUUUCAUGUGCUAAGAUAUCUAAAAGGAACCCUUGGAAAGGGGUUGAUGUUUCAGAAGACAAAGGAAAGAGGAAUUGAGGGGUUUGUGGAUGCAGACUGGGCAGGAUCAAGUGAAGACAACAAAUCAACAACCGGAUAUUGUACCAAGGUGUGGGAAAAUUUGGUGAUGUGGAGAAGUAAAAAAAAAUCAGUGAUGGCCCAUAGUAGUGCUAAGGUAGAGUUUCGUGCUAUUGCUCAAGAAAUGUGUGAAGUAAUUUGGCUAGAAAGGCUUUUGGGAGACCUAAAGAUACCCUUGGUUCAACCUACAAGGGCAUACAGUGAUAGUAAGUCGGCAAUAAGCAUAGUGAAGAAUCCUAUCCAACAUGAUCCCAUGAAACAUGUUAGGAUAGACUGA